UUUUUGAGGCAACUUGACAUUGAUAAUUGCUGGGAUCUUCAAGAAAUUAGAGGAAUUCCGCCAAACUUGAAAUUUCUCUCUGCAAAAAACUGCACGUCCUUGACUUUUGGGUUUACAAACAUGUUAAUGAAUGAGGAAUUGCACGAGGCUGGAUGUAAGAAGUUUUGUUUGCCAGCAACAAGGAUUCCAGAGUGGUUCGAGCACCAGAGAAAAGGAGUGCCAAUGUCUUUCUGGUUUCGCAACAAAUUCCCUGCCAUAUCUCUCUGUCUUUUUACUGGAAGAGUUGCAUCUUGGUUCUUAGAACUCUGUUGCCUCAAAUUGAUCAUCAAUGGAAAGAAAGCUUUCCCCAUAAUGGAAGAGUUUCCUUUUUGUUGCAAUCUCAACAAUGGCCAUAUACUAAUUUUUUCUCUUAAACUGACAGACUUGGGUGAUAAUGUGGAUGAAGUACUUUUAGAAAAUGAAUGGAAUCAUGUGGUGUUUGCUUUUGAUUUUGUUUCUCUUCAUCGAGUGUUGGUAAGGAAUCCAUUCUGCAUACAAACUGGACUCCACGUAUUAAAACAAACAUGUAGCAUGGAGGAUAUGCAAUUCGAGGACCCUUAUAUCAGCAUGUUGGAAAAAGAAAAGCACAAACUGGACACGGUAGUUUCUCAGAUACCAUUUGUGCAGCACCAACAAAAUUCGGCUUCAUUGGCUUUAUCGGAACUGCAUGUGGGACGGGGCCUUCCACCUCCAGCAUUGAACGAUAAUGUGAAUCAGGAUUCAAAUUUAAUGGUAUCAAUGAGGAAAAGUAGCACAACUGUUGUACGAGGAUUUGGAACUGCUUCAAGAAAGAGAAAAAUAGUUUCAUUAAGUUUGGACUUGGACAAUGAACCUGGUGAGCUAUUUUGUCAUGCAACUUCAAAAGUGGUUUUGGAUUCAGAUUCAAUAAUGCCAAGCUUGGCUAGUGAUACCACUGGUGAUGAAG